UUACGGCCAUCUAGUUGCCGGUCUAAUCUUUACGGCAAAGAGUUGACAAUUAUUUGAACAUGGGCGACACAAAAUAGUUUCAUUCGAAUGUUGCAAAGUUAACUAUUUGUUGUUCGUAAUUAAUAUCUUUAAGCAAGAUUAUAUUUUUCCGUAUGUUUUUAAUCAUUUACGUUAUUGUAACCAAUAUGAAAUAAUUUUGUUAAAUUUAAUAAAACUCUAAACCUUACGCGAAUGAAUAUUACAACAGCGCCAUGUUUAAAGAAGGGCAGAGAACUCUAACGUUAUGACAUUUUCGCGCCAGUUCAUAGUGCGUAGGAAUACAAGGUUUACUGAUAUUCGAGUGCAUGUUGAUGUAAAGCGUUUUUGUGUCAUUAUAUUACUGAAUGUCUAAAAACAACAAUUAUUAAGUAUAUCAGGAAAAAGUGUCUUCUGCGUCGUGUGUUAUGAAAGGUGCACAGAAAGAAUUAUUUUGUGCGUAGUUUGUGAUACGUAGUCACGUGAUGUCUAGAAAAUAGCUUGUCUGGCCGAUCGCAAUCAUCGCAUCGAAGCUAAGUUUGUUCAAGAAAGAUUCCCAAAGACCGCGUAGAAGCUUGAGAAAGUGAGGAAAAGAUGAAGACAUUAGAAGAAGCCUUUCGUGGCAGCAGUCAAUCCACACCUUACGCCUCAGCAAUUAAAGUUAACGUUUGUGGAGUUGGCCCAGUUAUUUCGUACAAAAAUGCAGGUGGUGAAAAGCGCCAAUCAACAGUCAUUGGCUUUGCGGACAACACGAUGGCUGUAAAAGGAGUCUUGUAUGACUCGGCAAAACUACAUCUCAUGAAAGAGGGACAAACUGUUAUGCUGUUGAAUGUCAUCCUUAAAAAUGAUGUAGGCAAAUCAAUUGUCAUGACCAACAGAAGCAAAGUCCUUAAGACUGGUCCUAUGGAAGUCCCAGCAUCAUUAAUACAACGGGGAAAAGACAUCGCAUGUCCACCUCCUGCUGCUGAGGUGAACAUUAAAACGGUCCAAACAUCUCCUGUGAAGACCCUUGUUACCCUUAGGGGGCAAGUUGUUUCAGAAGAGAUUGAAAGGUCCGUAAGAGUUAACGGGGAGGAUACCCCAGUUAGGACUAUUAAAGUAAAAGAUGCAUCGGGUUCGUGCAAAGUCUCCUUGUGGAGGGACUUGUGUAAGGAGAAAACUUCCGUUGGCAGACACAUAAGUAUAACAAAUGUUGUUGUACAGCUGUACAAUGAUGAGAAAAGCGUAUCAACGACAUCUCGUACAAACAUUGAGGAAGUUGAUACCCCAGUUAUUCACAGAAGAGUUUCUUUCAUUGGCUUCGAAUGGCUGGAGGAAAAUUUGGCAUCCCUUACUGCUGAUGAUGCCAAUGGAGAGUAUGAAGAAUUUAAAAUUAGCAGUGAAGCCCUGGCGCAUUACUUGGAAUGUCAACUUCAUGAAGUGGAGUCUGUUUUACUUUGCAAACUUCCACUGACUGCAGAAAUCACCGCAAGAGAAAACGAAAUCAUUGAAAUUAAAAAUUGAACUCAAAAUAUAAUGAACUUUCAUACUAACAGAAAUUUCAAACUGAACUUUUGACAAAUUGGAAUUGCUGCAGCUGAAGAAAAAUAUUGUUUAUGUGGGUUCUAUAAACUAUUUAGAAUAUCAACAUACCUAAAAUUGAUAUAAAUGCAAGUUCCUUUUCUUUUCAUUCAUUUUGACAAGGCUCCAAUUUUGCUCAAUUUUUUUGUGUGUGUAUGUGUGCAAACAUUCUUGACAAAUUUGGCUUUUCUUCAAAAUUGUAUUUCCUACAUUUUUUAAUGAUAUGUGGUUAUUACAUAUGCAACAUGUGUGUUUCUACAUUUCUUAUAAUGCUUUUUGUUCAACAAUAUUCUAGUUCAACACAACACAAUGAUUUUACUAUGGUUUUUUCAUUUUUUGUGAAGUUGAGUACCAUUGUAUAUUGUUGAAAAGUGGUGCAAAAAUUAAUUCAUUUCAAGACAUUUUUAAAAAUUUAGUAAUGCUACCACUGCGUAAAAAUUCCUUAAAAUUUUCAUAACUUUCAUUGGAGUAACAUACCAUAUUCUGUAAAUUCUUCCCAUGAAUACUCAUGUAUCACCAUUUAUUAAUUGUUUAUUAAACAUAAACCCUGUUCUUUAGAAAAAAUCUUGCACAAAAUUAUACAUGUACAUGUGUGCCUCUAAAAACUGUGUUUAAAGUUCUACAUUUCAUUGUAAAACAAAUGAUGUAUAUAUGUUUAUGUUCUUUUUUUGCUUUUUUACACUACCAUACAUGAUGCAUUUGGUAGUGGUUGUAGUGCUUGGAAAGUUUUUGUUCACUUGUCAUAAUGAAUGCCAAUAAUGUUUGAUUAGCUUUUAGUUUUUAAAUCAUACUUAGUUAGUUACACUAUUUGUGUUUUCUUUACUGAUUUAUUUUACAUUCAAUCAUUGUACACAUUCAGAAAAAUACCACAUCCAAAGUUUAGCUUUUUAACAGCACUGUAGUUAUUGUAUAAUCAUAUGUUUCAAUAUUUCCUAGAUUUUUUUACCCAGACAGACAUGCUCACUGCACUCUGACUUCUUUAAUGUUCUUUUGCAGUACAAAACUGUCAAAUUUUUCUCAUAAAUUGAAUGUAUCUUCUUCUUUUUUUCAUAUAAUCAUGCUUUGUAGAUUAUAGUCAACUUUUCUCUAAAACAGAUUUAUAUCACUUACUGCACAUUUUAAGCAGUAAUGUAUGAUUAUGAGUUUGAUUUAUAUUCAUUUGAAAAUAUACAAGAAAAUUUAGUCACACUAUUAAACUUUGGCUUCUCAACUCUUGAAUGAAAUGUUAUUAAAUUAGUCUUUGUCCUUCCAUUGCCAGUCUGCAUGUAUAUGUUAGUAUUACACAGAAAACAUUUCAUGAUAUGCAGUUAUAGACAACCUUAUUAGAUAUACUUGAAAUGUCUUCUACUUACAGUCAAUGGAACUGUUUUGUACUGUCUCUAUAUUUUUAAUAUAUGACUAGUUCCUCAGUUUGUUCCUUAUCAUUAAGAUUUUUGUGUACACAUUUUGGUAGUUUAUGUGUCUUAUACCCCUUUUUGAAACAUUUUUAUAGAUAUCUACAAAAUGCCAUACUUAUAUCUCAUGUAUACAUGAUAAGCAGUAUUGUCUAUCUUGCAUGAUUAUAGUUUUUUUUGCUUGUGUUUUUUUUUUGGUGUUCUUUGUUUGUAUAUGCAAAGUUUACUAAAAUACUCAGGAAUUAUAUUUUACAUUCAAACUAAUAAAAAUCCUGCCAAUUAUCAUUAGAUAUGUUUAGAUAGUUUGACAAAUUUUUUAUGCAGUAUUAUUGUACUGUACUAUUGUAGUUGUAUAAAAUACCAUGCAGU